GUAAAAAGUGACUUAUAUGAUAGUGUUGCCCAUACCUUGCUGUUUAAUCCGGUAAAAAAAAUGUACACAUGCACAAUAUUUGCGAACAAUAAGGCCAUUUUCCGAACAAUAUUUUAAGGGGGGCUGAGCCCGAGAACCCCCAAAGCUGGGGGCGUCGUGCUACAGGACUAUGAUAGAUUUGCUUUUUGGCUUUAUAUUGAUCACUAUGUGUCUGGGAGUGACGGGUUCAUUUUUUCAUGGGUUACGUUGGACUCACAGGAUGGUGGAGUUACCGCUUUUUGACUCACCAGCCAUCCUUAAUGCAGAGCCCUCUCCUAACGAGAGGCACCACCCUCGACCCACCAAUGGGGUCACAGUUGAGGAGGAGCAAGAGCCUCCUUUUCGUUUGGAGGUAUGUUUACUUAUGUGUUUCAUAGUUGAUGUUUUCGUUCGGAUUUUGUUUUGGGGGGCAACAAUCUCAUUUAUUAUUUGGUAUAUGUAUGAUAGGGUCACAUAACUUGAGAAUUAUCUCCUUAAAUGUGAAUGGUCUGAGUAAUCCAGUCAAGAGGAGUACAGUGCUAGCAAAAAUUUAAAAGGACAAUACACAAGUCAUAUUUCUACAAGAGACACACAUGUCGAAACAAGAACAUAAUAAGCUGAAAAUGUUUGGGUACUUAAACUCUUAUUUCAGCUCUUGUAAAAAUAGUCAAAAAAGAGGAGUAGCUACUCUGAUUUCCAACUCUCUUAACUUUGAACUGAUUAAGGAAAAGGGAGACAAAGAGGGCAGAUAUAUAAUAGUCAAAAGGCUAGACUAUUUCCUAAUGAACACUACAAACAGACACAGGGUGAAGGAGUGCUCAAUAGGAUCAGCAGAUUAUUUGAAUAACAGACUGAAGAGUACAUUAUGGAGACUAAAUAUUAGCAUUUUAAAUAAUGAGACUGCUCUAAAUGAGAUUAAGAAAGAAAUUGGUGACUGCAUAAAAGAUAACAACAAUGGCCUGGUAGGCCCAACCAUCGUAUGGGACAAGGUUAAAGCAAUAAUGAGAGGGAGACUAAUUUCAAGAACGGCAUACUUAAAAAAGAUGAAGAGGACAAAAUACGAUGAAUUAGAGAAAACAUUGAGAAAACUAGAGAAACAACAACAAAAAGAUGGGGACAAAGGAUUGUCAAACCAGAUAAAAGAACUAAAAAAGCAAAUAGAGAACAUCUUGAAUGACGAACUAGAAAAGAAAUUGAGAUUCACAAAACAAACUUUUUAUGAAUCGGGCCCGAAAGCAACAAAACUUUUAGCAGCACGCCUCAGGAAACAAUAAAUUAUUAAUUCAAUACACAAGAUCAGAGACCCCUUAACUAAUAAGAUAACCUACGAACCGGAAGAAAUUCAUAAAACCUUUAAAGAUUACUACGAAACCUUAUACUUACAGCCUAAGAUUGUCAAUGAAGAUGACAUUAAACAAUACUUGUUAUCAUUAGAUCUUCCUUCCAUAGGAAAAAUACAAAACGACGAAUUAACUGCCACCAUCACAAAAAAAGAAUUGGACUUGGCGAUUAGUAAAUUGAAAACAAAUAAAUGCCCAGGGAGUGACGGUUUUCCGAAUGAAUGGUACAAAAUCUUUAAAGAAGACCUCGCCGCUGUAUUGCUAGAAUCCUCAAAUUGGACACUCAGCAAAGCUGAAGCACCACCAUCAUGGAAAGAGGCUGUGAUAUCAGUCAUCCCAAAAGAAGGUAAAAAUAAAGAAUGUUGUGAAUCUUAACGUCCAAUUUCUAUAUUGAAUGAAGAUUAUAAACUGUUUACAUCUAUAAUCUCAAAAAUAAUUGAACACUUUCUACCCAAAUUAAUAAAUGAAGAUCAGACAGGGUUUAUAAAAGGUCGACAAACACAGGAUAACGUCAGACGAACCUUACACAUUAUAGAGCAGGCUAACAAACAACAUCUAAGUGCAGCUCUGGUCAGUCUCGAUGCGGAAAAAGGCGUUUGAUAGAGUCAGCUGGUCUUUUCUGUACAGAGUGCUAGAGAGGCUGGGUUUUAAUAACCAAUUCAUUAGGUGCAUACAAUCUUUAUAUAGAGACCCAACUGCUAGAAUAAAGAUCAAUCUGACAGGUAGUUUUAAGCUGUUUAGAGGCACUCGCCAGGGUUGCUGCCUUAGCCCCUCCCUCUUUGCAAUAUUCAUAGAGCCUCUGGCUCAGGCUACCAGACAAAACAAAGAGCUGAAAGGGAUCAAUAUAGCAAAGGAGGAACAUAUAAUAGGACUUUUUGCAGAUGACAUUAUUACCUAUCUCCAAAAUCCCAACUCAACAAUUCCCAAACUUAUGACAAUUUGGUCGACUAUGGUCGGAUGUCGGGCUAUAAACUGAACAUUACAAAAACACAGGUACUCUCUCUUAACUACAUACCAAGUAAGGCAAAUAGGCAGAAAUAUAAACUGAAGUGGGAAGCAAAAUCAAUAAAAUACUUGGGAGUGCUAAUCACUCAGGAAAUUAACAAAAUAUAUGAAACAAACUACAAUAUAAUAAACGAUAGGAUACAGAAAGAUAUAACAAAAUGGUCAACACUAGUACUGGACUUUAGUUCAAGAAUUGAGGUGGUGAAAAUGAAUCUGCUGCCAAGGUUGCUCUACCUCUUCUUAUCAUUACCAGUGAGAAUCCCAGAAUCUCAGUUUACAGCAUGGGACAAACAGAUAUCCGGUUUAUCUGGGCAGGAGCAAGGCCAAGGGUCACAUUUAAGACACUCCAAACUGACAAGGAAAACAGAAGCCUAGCACUGCCAAAUCUCAGAGAAUACUACUACGCGGCCCAAUUGAGGUACAUUGGUUAUUGGUGCUCCCCGGAGUAUCAAGCUGGAUGGAAACACAUUGAGCUAAAUCUGGGUCAAUCUCAACCUCAGGCCAGGCUAGGUGGAAAAGAAUAUACUGACCGAAAGGGAGAAAAUUCCAUCUUAGAAAAUUCACUGAAAAUUUGGAAUGAGAUAGUCAAAAAAUACAACCUGGAAGGAGACAGUAAACUUCUGAUUUGGCCUUCUCAGACCCCCAAGUUUAGACCUGGACAGAUAGAUAAUACUUUUGUACGCUGGAGAGAAAAAGGGAUAACAGCGGUAUGUGCACUCAUAGAGGGAAAAACUUUUAAAACUUUUGAAAAACUCAAAACAGUAUUUAAUUUAGAAAAUGGGGACAUGUUUAGAUAUUUACAGCUAAGACAUUUCUAUGAUACAGAAAUUAAAAAAGGGGUUUCAUCAGAAGGUAAUGAAGUGAUUGAAGUGCUGACAGGUGCAUACAAACAAACCCCCUCAAAGUUGGUUUCCAAACUGUACAGUAGUUUACAAAAAUGAAACGGAAGAAAUACACUAUAUGUAAAAGUGAAAUGGGAAGUAGAACUGAACGUUGAACUGUCGAAGAGUGAUUGGCAUUCCAUGUGUAGAACGCAACAAACAUCCACCAGCUCUAGAAAAUGGAGGGAAUUUCGGUUGGAAGAACUUAAUCCGCUUUUUUACAACACCCCACAUAAAAUAUAAACAGUUGGGUAAAGAGCAGCCAUGCUGGAGACAGUGUGGGCAGAUGAAUGCUAACCACUCACACAUGUUCUGGACAUGUAUUAAAAUACAAGCAUUCUGGGACAGGGUUAUUCAGACUCUGGAGGAGAUUCUAUGCUACAAGAUUCCCAGAGAGCCCCGGAUUGUGUACCUGGGAAUGAUACCUGGCGACAUAAUUCAAAAAAAGGACUUCUACCUCUUUAAAAUCCUGACACUCGCUUGUAAAAAGGCCAUCCAUCACAAGGAGCUGGUUGAAAAGUGACCCUCCAAGUCCAGGACAGUGGCUGGACAUUGUGGAGGAAAUAUAUUCUAUGGAAAAAUAUACUCUUUUUCUAAGGAUCAAAGCAGGGAUCCAUGAUCAACGCUGGAGAAAAUGGACUGUUUACAAGGGAAAAGAUGAGUAGUGUUCUCAGGUGACCUGAAAAGAAUAGAACAAUGUUUGUUAAGAGUGAAUCACCAUUCACCCCCUUUUAAUGAAUUUUAAUUAACUUUUUUUUCACUGCCUGUCGCAGCAGCUGCGUGUGUUUUAAUUUUUUGUCUUUUUUUCACUUUUCUUUUGUUCUUUUUCCUUCAUGUUUGGUUUAAAUUACGGUCAGACAACGGACCGUAACUUUUUCUCAACUUUUCUCGUGGCUUUUAUGUUACUUUUCUUCCUGUUUGUAACGGAGAGCCACACACAAUGAGUGGGGCCAUUGUCUAUUGCCACGAUCAGCUGAUUGCGCUGAGCAAACCGCGGCUGCUCCUCGCCGCCAGGCCUGAGAUCCCGGAGGAACUGCGGAGAAGGGCUCGGGGCUGCAGGUCGGGCGCUAAGCAGAGGGCUAAGACGAGGAAGUACAAACCUUUGGUACCAGCGAUUAUAACGGGAACGUGAGGUCUUUGGCGAAUAAGACGGACGAGCUCGGCGCGCUGGUCAAGACUGAGAGGGACUUCAGUGAGUAUCGUCAUGUGUUUCACGGAGACAUGGCUGCAUGCGGAUUUUCCGGAUCACAGUGCGUCGGUGCCAGGCUUCAGGACUGAGAGGGCGGACAGAGAUGUUGUACAGAUCGAUUUUCUCUGCGAGGAUGCGACAGUGAGCGAUGCUCACAGUGCUGAUCGUUACCAUGGCCAUAUUCGGCGGCGGCCAGGCAUGCGGCGUCCGAGACAAUUGCUCCGCCCACAGCGAGUCCAAAGACUACUGCUACUCGGCUCGCAUCCGCAGCACCGUGCUGCAGGGACUGGCUUUCGGAGGGGUGCCCACCGUGCUCGCCCUCGACUUCAUGUGCUUCCUGGUGCUGCUCUUCGUCUUUUCCAUUCUACGUAAGGUUGCGUGGGACUAUGGCCGCCUGGCGCUUGUCACCGACGCCGACAGACUGAAGAAGAGUCUCAGCAGCCUGGAAGAGCGGGAAUAUGUUGCCUCGGCGAUGCACUCGGAAACGCCCGACCGCUACGAACGCCUCACCUCUGUGUCCUCCUCCGUCGACUUCGACCAGAGAGACAACGGUUUCUGCUCGUGGCUGACGGCCAUCUUCAGAAUAAAAGAUGAGGAGAUCCGUGAGAAGUGUGGUGAGGAUGCGGUCCACUACUUGUCGUUCCAGCGUCACAUCAUCGGUCUGCUGGUCGUAGUCGGCGUUCUUUCUGUCGGCAUCGUUCUGCCCGUCAACUUCUCCGGAGACCUUCUAGAAAACAACGCUUACAGCUUCGGACGCACCACGAUAGCCAACCUGAAGUCUGGGACCAACCUGCUGUGGCUCCACACCUCCUUUGCCUUCAUGUAUCUGCUGCUGACGGUCUACAGCAUGAGGAGACACACGUCCAAGAUGCACUACAAGGAGGACGACCUGGUGAAGCGCACUUUAUUCAUUAACGGCAUCUCCAAAUACGCUGAGGAGAGUCAGAUCAAACAGCACUUUGAACAAGCAUAUGAGAAUUGCACCGUUCUGGAGGCUCGGAUCUGCUACAACGUGGCCAAACUGAUGUCUCUGAAUGCAGAGAGGAAGAAGACGGAGCGCAGUAAGAAGUUCUUCACUGACCUGAUGGCGAAGGAACACGUUCCCACGAUGAUCAACCCGAAACCCUGUGGACACCUCUGCUGCUGCGCCAUCACCGGCUGUGAGGAGGAAGAGGCGGUCAGCUACUACACCAAGACAGAGACCAAGCUGAAGGAGGAGUACAGGAAGGAGAAAGAGAAGGUCCACACCAAACCGCUGGGCAUGGCCUUUGUCACCUUCCAGAACGAGUCCAUGACCGCCAUUAUUCUGAAGGACUUCAACGCCUGUCAGGUUCAGGGUUGUCGGUGUCGUCAGGAGCCACGAUCCUCUCAGUUCAGCGAUGCUCUUCAUGUUUACAACUGGAGUGUUUCGUAUGCGCCCGACCCGCAGAACGUCCGCUGGGAGCACCUGUCGCUCGGUGGGAUCUCCUGGUGGAUCCGCUGCUUCAUCAUCAACUGCAUCCUCUUCCUCCUGCUCUUCUUCCUCACCACGCCCGCCAUCAUCAUCUCCACCAUGGACAAGUUCAACGUCACCAAGCCGGUGGAGUACCUCAACAAUCCCAUCAUCACUCAGUUCUUCCCCACUCUGCUGCUCUGGGCUUUCUCUGCUCUGCUGCCCACCAUCGUCUACUACUCUGCCUUCUUCGAGGCUCACUGGACCAGGUCUGGAGAAAACAGGACGACGAUGCAUAAAUGUUACACGUUCCUGAUCUUCAUGGUUCUGCUGCUGCCGUCUCUCGGACUCAGCAGUCUGGAUGUUUUCUUCCGUUGGCUCUUUGAUAAGAAGUUCUUGGCUGAUGCCAAAGUCAGAUUUGAGUGCGUCUUCCUGCCAGAUAACGGAGCGUUCUUUGUCAACUACGUCAUCGCCUCUGCGUUCAUCGGGAACGCCAUGGACCUGCUGAGGAUCCCGGGUCUGCUCAUGUACAUGAUCAGACUCUGCCUGGCUCGUUCCGCCGCAGACCGCCGCAACGUCAAGAGGCAUCAGGCCUAUGAGUUCCAGUUUGGAGCAGCGUACGCCUGGAUGAUGAACGUGUUCACAGUGGUGAUGGCCUACAGCAUCACCUGUCCAAUCAUCGUGCCCUUUGGUCUCAUGUACAUGCUGCUGAAACACCUGGUGGACAGGUACAACAUGUACUACGCCUACCUGCCGUCCAAACUGGACAAGAAGAUCCACUCAGGAGCUGUCACCCAGGUGGUGGCCGCGCCCAUCCUCUGCCUCUUCUGGCUCCUCUUCUUCUCCACUGUACGCACAGGUUUCGAGACGCCGACCUCCAUGUUCACUCUGGUGGUCCUGAUCGUCACCAUCGUGGUCUGUCUGUCUCACGUCUGCUUCGGACACUUCAAGUACCUCAGUGCUCACAACUACAAGAUCGACACCAAGGAGACUGACGUGGACGCUGUCGAGAACGGACGUCCAGCUCGUCCCUCGUCCUCCCCCAUCACCAAGUCUCAGCUGCAGCAGCAGCAGCAGAUGUACAUCGCACAGGUGCUCCAGGACCCAAACUCAGACGAGCCAGGCGGCGGCAGCGCCGAGGAGGACCGAGGGUCAUCCCACGACGAGGAGUUGCUCAACGGAGGGAACAGCAUCAAUGAGGCGGAUUUUCAGUCAGGGGAGGACAGUCUGAUCGCCAACGAGGUCCACCAGUAGCUGGGGGUGGAGCUAGAGGGAGGGGCGGAGCUAGUUGAGAGUCCAUACACAACAGUUAGAGAAUAAAGCUGACUGGAGAAUCACUACAUACACACAGACUGACACGGUUAGCUCCUCCCACUCCCAGCUCGAAGACUUGACCCUGACCUUUGACACCGCGCCGGUUCGCCAACAUCCAGUCCUGUACGUCUGUGGAAACUUGAUGGACACCAAACUGUCUCCACUGGAAGUCACUGUACAUAACCACAAAGCCAAAAGUUUUUAUUUUUUAUUUCUUUGUUUUUUCUCGGGGUUAGAAGGGCGGGGUUUUAAAUAUUCGUGCCUCGGCUGGUGUUCGUUUCGUUCGCACUUGUGUCUUGAUUCCUGAUCCCACCGCAGGUCGCCGGGACUCGACCUGUCGAGGGGUCAAAGCUGAUGCUGACGCCGCUGUCUCUUUCCUCGGCCUGGUGGACGUCUCCAAACAAACUCUCACCAUCUUCAUCAUCACCAACUUCAUCACCACCGACAUCGGAGUGGUCAACAAGUUGCCAACCGCCAGCUCUCGUAGUGGUAGAAGCUUCGCAGACGCAUCGCAGUCUCCUGUCCUGUUCUGUCCUCGUUUGUGGGUUUAACACCUUCAUCACCUGGACGUUUGUCUUUUACCUGCCAAGGUUUCGUUAAAAGUGCUGUCUGGACCAGGACCCAUCGAGGGACUGUGGAGACCAUGAAGUCCUCUCUGGUCUCAGCAGCACGUCCUCGGCUUUUUUUUUCACCUAAACUACCUUAAAUCAUGAAUACCUGACGAUGGGACCGGGGUGUUUGUGUCUGUGUAGGUUUAGCAACAAAAACUCUUUUCAUUCAUGCGGAGAACUUUGUGAAGAACUUUGUGAGGACGCUCCGACAGCAGCAGAAGUGCAGAUGUUUGAGCUCAGGUAGACUCAGAAGAGCAGCGCGCUUCGUCCGAACCGUCUGAAGCCUGAAGCUGUCGGGACCCUCAAGGGAAGUGUGUGUGUGUGUGUGUGUUGUGCUUCUGUCUUCUGUAAGAUCAGUUUCACUAAAAAUACGAAACUUUCCUCCUGAGAGUCUAAGAUGUUUCACUUGAUCCAUCUCUGUGAAUACAGUACGUAGGACGUGUUUAGCCUAGCUUAGCACAGAGACUGGAAGCAGGGGGGAAAUUUAGCCUAGCUCGUCUGAUAUUGCAUCUUCUUGUUAAUGAUCAAAAUUUUAGUUUCUAGGUCCAGCUAGCUUAGGGUUAGCUUCUCUUGAUUAGCUUUUCAGCUAACCAGCUAGUCACCAGACAGAAUAACUGUUAGAUAACACUUAUUUUUCCUCUUCGGUAACCUUUGAAUUAAAAACAUUUCAACCUGAGAGCAAAACACCCCGGGGAAUAAACACAGUCCAGAAAAGAAUCCAACAUGCUAGCGUUUGGCGUUCUAGUGUUUAGUAUGCUAGCAUUUAGCAUGCUAGCGUUUAGCUUGCAG